GACCGACUCGUUCACGAGCGUCACAUCUCUAGUUCUUAGUAGAAGUUGGUUGCCACGUAGUUGGCAUUUUUGCCAUGUAUUUAUAUUUAGGCACAGUUUUUAACGUAUAGUUUGAAUCAACUCUUUGUGCCCGGUGUUAGAAAGGAACUCGUUUUCUAUAAAAAUGAUAUUUUUUUCACUUUUUUCGAUCCUUCCCUCUCUUGUUAUACUUGUCACUGGGAGGAAACUGCCUGAGCCAGAAGUGAAAAUUGAAGUUAUACACAAACCCUUCAUAUGUUACCGUAAGUCAAAAUAUGGAGACAUGCUUCUUGUGCAUUACGACGGAUUCUUGGAGAGCAAUGGUACCAAGUUUCAUUCAAGCCGUAACGAAGGGGACAAAAAUCCAGUAUGGUUUACUUUGGGGAUGAAAGAGGUCCUCAAAGGCUGGGAUAAGGGCCUCAAAGACAUGUGCAUAGGAGAGCGCAGGAAACUGACUAUCCCUCCAUCUCUGGCAUAUGGCAAGGAAGGAAAGGGAAAGAUCCCUCCAAGCAGUACCCUCAUUUUUGACAUGGAGCUCAUGGAUAUCCAAAAUGGUCCCAGGUCACAUGAUUCUUUCAGGGAGAUGGAUCUCAAUGAUGACUGGAAACUUGACAAACAGGAGGUGAUAGAGUAUCUGAAGAAAGAAUUCCAGAAACAUGGAUACUCGCCUAAUGACACACAGCACGAAGUGAUGGUGGAUGACAUCUUCCAAAAUGAGGAUGAAGAUAAAGAUGGUUUUAUAUCUGCGAGGGAAUUUACCUACCAGCACGAUGAACUCUGAUUUCAGCAGCUUUUUGAAACCACCAGAGUGUUGAAUUAUCAUCAGGACAUGACUUGAACUUUGGAAUUGUGAAUUGGACACUGGGCAGUUUUCAUGGACUUACAUGGCAGUUAAACUGCAUUUUCUAAUGCAUUGCUAAAGUUAAAUACACCUGCUUACUUAACUUAAAUGAUACCUAACUAUCUCUCCAUUCUUUAUGCACUGAAGAUGCCACCACAGAUGUAUUAAGGCUGCAGUAUUGGCUUUUUUCCGACACAACGAAUUCAUGAAAUAAAUCUUUUAUAAAUUACAUUUUCUUUGCAAUACAUGUUCUUAGAGAUGAAUAAGCGAGAUGACUAUUUAAU